ACGGCUACGUCAUCACGCAAAGAAAGAAGGCGUAUAUUUAGAAGUUUGCUGUAUCCGGCUGGAAUCAGACACGGUCACAGAGGAUCAGCUUUCAUAGAUUAUUCCAUCAAUUUGCGUAGGAAUUGAUUAUUGAAAUCAGCGACAGUGGAUAGGGGUGGAAGCUUGACCGUAUGACUAAUUUUAUGUUUACGACCUAGUGAAGAGCAUCUGGAAGAGCAGUAGUAAGAUAAAUAUUUGAAAUAAACGUUAGAUUAGGAAAAUUAUCACACUUACAAAACUAUCACCCGUCAUGAUUGGCUGUAUGAUGGCGUCACGUGACCAAAGACAUCGUCGAACACGGAAAUUGUCGAGCAACUGGCUCAAAAUGGCUGCUCCUCCUAGUCGUGGAACACGGUUUUUUAGUCGAAUACAAGAUGCCCUCACACAUGCUGUGACUCCACGUUUGCAGAUCGACAGAAAAACUAUCGAGAAGACGUGGAAACUGAUGGACAAAGUGGUGAAACAUUGUCAAAACCAACGGCUGUCGUUGAAGAAUAGCCCCCCUUACAUCUUAGAUAUUUUGCCCGAUACCUACCAACAUUUGAAGUUGAUUAUCUCGAAAUACGAGGAUAGGAUGCACAUUUUGAACGACUGUGAGUAUUUUAGGAUUUACAUAGAAAACCUCAUCAAGCAAUCGAAGCUGGCUAUCAAGCUUUUCAAAGAUGGAAAAGAAAAAAUGUACGACGAAAACUCCACGUAUCGACGCAGCUUGACCAAGCUGAGUUUAGUUUUCAGUCACAUGCUGGCCGAGGUGAAGGCAAUAUUUCCUCAAGGAACUUAUAUAGGAGACGGCUUCAGGAUCACAAAAUACGAUGCAGCCGAAUUCUGGAGAAAGAAUUUUGGGAUUGGGAAAACAACGGUUUCAUGGAAGCAAUUUCGUCAAACUCUCCAAACAGUACACCAUAUCAGCUCAGGUUUGGAAGCAAUGGCCUUAAAGUCAACAAUAGAUCUGACAUGUAAUGACCACAUCUCCAUAUUUGAAUACGAUGUCUUUACAAGAUUGUUUCAGCCAUGGUCGCAUCUGCUUCAGAACUGGAAUCUCCUUGCCGUGACACACCCUGGUUACUGUGCUUUUAUGACUUAUGAUGAAGUGAAGGCAAGAUUGUGUAAACACAUGGAUAAACCUGGAAGUUACAUUUUCAGGUUAAGUUGUACAAGACUGGGGCAGUGGGCCAUAGGAUAUGUUACACCUGAGCAUACGAUUCUUCAAACCAUUCCUCAGAACAAGUCACUCUGUCAGGCACUUAUUGAUGGAGCUAGAGAGGGCUACUACCUUUACCCUGAUGGAAAUUCAGACAACCCUGAUGUUAGCCAUCAUCUCAUCACCCCUCCUGAUGAGCACAUCACUGUCACUGAAGAGCAAUAUGAGUUGUACUGUGAGAUGGGAUCCACCUUUCAGCUUUGCAAGAUCUGUGCAGAGAAUAAUAAAGAUGUGCGCUUGGAGCCCUGUGGUCAUUUGAUGUGUCACAUGUGCUUAGACCAGUGGCAAGAAACUGGGGGGGAAGGGUGUCCAUUUUGCCGUUCUGAAAUCAAAGAUAUGCAGGCCAUUGUUGUGGAUCCAUUUGUACCACAUCUUGAGGAGGAGACAAUGGCAGUAAGAGCAGCAGAGAACCAAGAGAAUCACUUGGACGGGGAAGACGAUGAAAUCAUGGAGGAUCCUAGUCAGUGGGUUUCCACAAUUGAUUCUAGACCUCAUGGUACUCAACAAGGAAGAUAUCCCCAUUUACAGCAGGAGAACACUGAGCAGUCUCGGUCAUCUGAAGAUGCUCCUCCGCCCUUGCCCCAGCGGCGAAACCUCCAGUUCAACUCACAGUCACCUACCUCUCCAACCCUCGUAGUCACCCAUGUGUCACCAUUUGCUUCUCCUGGGACAUCUUCAAGGUCGUCACCUUUAAGUUCUCCAUGGAACUCUCCAAGGAACUCGCCACGUGCAUCUCCUAAUGUGUCACCCCACAACUCUCCUCAUGUGUCUCCAUGUGGCUCACCACAUAACUCUCCUUCACUGUUAAGAAAGGUACCACCACCGCCGCCACCAUCAACCUUAGAUGAGGACAGUCCUCCUGCAGUACCAGAGAGGAGGUAUAAACACAGAGGGACCAAUGUGGAAAAUAAAGAGAAUAAACCAGGAACUAAGACAUCUAAGCAUGAAAGCAACAGAAGGGAUACAGUGGGAUAUGCAGACAUAGCUGCUGCAAAUGUCACACAUGACUCAUUUGGUCAAAACCAGAAUAAAACAAAUUAUGCUCAGCUAACUUACCCUCAUCCUGAUGCAGCUGAGUCUACUGACAGGGAAAGAAGCAGACCAGGAGAAGCCACGAUGGCUGAAAUUUGUGCAAAUGAAGAGGCAACUUCAUAUGAUUUUCCUCUACCCAUAAUAGCUGAAAGAGAACGUUCACGGGGUGAGAAAUCUAACAAAGAGAAUGGUUUAAGGGACAAUACCACUGACCUUCAAUCAGUUGCAGAUCCUUUUGCUGAAGACCCAUUUGAAUCGAAUGGUAAAUCAAAAAAUGCCCCGUUUGAUGAUGAUUUUGUAAAAGGCCCUUUGGUUGUAGCAUUGCCACCAACACGUUCACAAAGCUAUAAUUCUGGGAUGCCACGCAAAACCCAUGCUCAUAGCGACAAAAAUACUCUACCUUCAAGGGUGUUCACCAAGGCAAGAUCCACUGAUGAUGUGCUUGAGGAUCCCACUUAUUCAAAUGUUCGUCGAGACCAUGGCAGACAUCCUGGUCAAACCAAUGACUUUGAGAGCAACGGAAAUCCCACUUCAAACAGUCACCAUGAUAGAACUUUACGCCCAGCCCUGCUUACACGAAACAGCUGGGCUGGAGCAGAAGCAAAAAAUUUCAGCAAUCCAACAUAUGGUUCCCAGGGUUUAGAUCCAAAUAAGUUAGAGGGGAAGGGAGAACACAGACCAACACGAUCCAGAUUGCCAGAUGAAGAUCCAAACCUUGAUGCUAUGCAGUUUUAUGAAGAGGAUUUUACAAUUCUGCAGGCACAGGGCUACAGUCGUGAGGAGAUCACUAGAGCCCUUAUUGUAGCUGAUAACAACUUUGCUUUGGCAAGGAAGAUUCUCCGUGAGUUCUCUCAAGGGACAAGAAAGCUAUGAACUUUUGGUUACAGUUGAAUAGUAAUGUAAUAUGCUGAGAAAGUUGGAAUUAAGGUUGAGUUUUUCCCCUUGUAGAGUUGCUAAAGAAAGGAGAGUUUUGUUGAAUUUUGAUACGAUAGCCACAUAAUGAAUUAUCAAGUAGUUUUUUAUUUUUUAGUUUUCAGGUUUUAAUUUUAAGUUUUUAGUUGUUUAGUUUUUCAAGUAACUAAAGUUUUUAAGGUAAUUAAUCUAAACCUUUGAAAUGUGCACCACAAGAAUUAAUUCCCACAGAGGAAAUUUUUUGACAUCUAUGCAGUUUCCUUAAUUUGAAAUUCUUUAUAACCCAGCCUGACAAAUCAGUGAAAAUCUUGAUCAGUCAAUUUAAAUUGACCCCAGUUUAUCUAUUGAAAAAAAUUGUGACAUUUAACAUGAUAACCUUUUCAUUACUUUUUAUGGACUUCUAAUUUUGAUCGGUUGCUUUCCAAUGAUAUUCUUCCAUAAUACAACAGCUCAACAAGUUAGGUUAGAAAAUGCAAUCAGCAAUAUAUAUGAGACAGUAGACAGCACCAAUAGGGACAAAUGUAAAGUGACUUGUUACUUGGCUGACUAAGAAAGAAGGCAAGGU